AGCCGUUUUGGCUCAAGACGUUUCAGUCUCAGGCCGCUUGAGGUCACCUUUUCAAACCCGCUGCAGACCACGCCUGUUUGGCACUCCGUGCCUGAAGGCUCAUCCAUCAUCACCAGACCGGAAGUUCUAUGCACUCAGGCCGCCCCUUGCAGAUGUGGACUGCAUCCAUGCACGCGAAGGGCGGCGCCCCCGCGAAGCGGGCGGCGACCGGCGGCGAUGGCAUUCGCCUCGGUAUCCAGUUGGGCGCCAGCUCGGCUGGCGGCGGCGGCGGCCUCAAGAAGCACGCGGCGAGGACGGCGAGCGCGCUGCAGCCCCCCAGUUCACGGCUUGCAGACGGGGUCUCGCAGCGGGCCCCGCAGCAGCUUUCGUGGGAGGCGCGGGGAGCGGCGCUGCCGAACGAACUGGUGCAGAGCCCCCAGCACACGCCGCCGCCCGGGCUCGAGCGGAUGCAUGCCUGUCCGCGUUACUUUGCCAGCAGCACCACCUGCCCGUCCGAGGAGCCAGCCACAUUCCACGAGGAUGCCAUCUCCCACGGGACCAGCAGUGGGGCGUGGCAGUUGGGCAAGUCAGCGGCCCCUCCAGGGCUGCGCUUCGAUCAGCUCGACGCACGCGACGGCGCGGCGUUGGUGGACUUCUCGGCGGGGGGCCCAUGCCAACGCCAGGCCCUCGACGCGCCGAGCAGGUGCUCUUCGGAGCCUGGACGCGGGAAGUGCGCGUUCGUUCUGACGCCGCCCAGCGCCAUCGCGUCAGCAGACCACGCCCUGGGCACGGCGCGCCACGGGCAGUCCUCCAGCAUGGGCCCAGACUGCAACGUCAGUUUCUUCCCAGACAUCGAGUCCUGCUGCAUGACUGGUGGGGAGCGUGAGUUUCGGGUCGGGAUCGCGCUGCCAGAGUCACAGGCAGCGCACAGGGCAGCUCGCGCCGUGAUGGCGGCGCCGCUGCCGCAGCCGGCCACGGCCGAAGCCUGCGCUCAUGCCCAAGUCGACACGCCAGUGGAAGACCUGGCGCCCGCAGACGCAGCGGCCCCACUCGGUCUGGAUGCCAUGGGCGACCGUCCAGUGACCACGAUGGUUGUGCGGAACGUGCCGCAGCGCACGACUAAGCAGGAGUUCCUGGACGAGCUCGACCAAACCGGAUUUGCAGGUGCGUACGACUAUGCUUACUUGCCACGGGACUUCAAAACCCAUUUGGGCAAUGGCAACGCGUUCGUGAAUUUCAUCAAACACGAGGCCGCCGCCGCUUUCGCAGCAGCGUGGCAUCGCACAUGCCGCUUCGGCUUGAUCGCCGAUGAGGGCAUUUGUUUGAAUGUUGCCGCAGCUUCUCUUCAAGGACUUCAGGCGAACGUUGAUAAGUGGACGUCGUACCGCCGCAGUCGCGUGAAGAACCCCAACUUUUUGCCAUUCUUGCUGCAUGGGUGAACCUCACGGUCGAGUCCCUGGCUAAACGGAGUCCCACUUUGCCCUGAUGAGCUCUGCUCUCUGAAGACUAUGCCCUCGGCGUAUGGCGCAUACACGAGGGCAGAUCGUUCAAGCGAACAGAUGCUUGUUCAAGCGAAAAGCUGGUCCGUUCAAGCGAAACCGCAACAAGCGAAAACUACCGCUUCAUCCCUUCAUCCCUUUUCGUACGCACGCACCGAAAUGAUUUCGCGCGAACGGCCGCGGAUUUCGCGCGAACUGCGCGCGAACGGCGCACUCUCGCGCAUACACGCCUACAUCGGCACACAUAUACACACACGAUAACUACGUGCGCGUGUGGUUUGCUCGAGAGUCAAUAUUAUAGCCUUGC